CUUAGAAUAUCUACACCUAUUUUUAACUGUAGAUCCCAAUAAUAUACUGUCCUUAUAGCAAUGGUAUCAACCUACCCAGAAUCAGAGGUUACUCUAGGAAGGUACCUCUUUGAGCGACUCCACCAAUUGAAAGUGGACACCAUUUUCGGCUUGCCGGGUGACUUCAACCUUUCCUUAUUGGACAAAGUGUAUGAAGUUCCGGAUAUGAGGUGGGCUGGAAAUGCCAACGAAUUGAAUGCUGCCUAUGCUGCCGAUGGUUACUCCAGAAUAAAGGGAUUGUCUUGCUUGGUCACAACUUUUGGUGUUGGUGAAUUGUCUGCUUUAAACGGAGUUGGUGGUGCCUAUGCUGAACACGUAGGACUUCUACAUGUCGUUGGAGUUCCAUCCAUAUCGUCACAGGCUAAACAGUUGUUGCUCCACCAUACCUUGGGUAAUGGUGACUUCACUGUUUUUCACAGAAUGUCCAAUAGCAUUUCUCAAACUACAGCAUUUCUCUCAGAUAUCUCUAUUGCACCAGGUCAAAUAGAUAGAUGCAUCAGAGAAGCAUAUGUUCAUCAGAGACCAGUUUAUGUUGGUUUACCGGCAAAUAUGGUUGAUCUCAAGGUUCCUUCUAGUCUCUUAGAAACUCCAAUUGAUUUGAAAUUGAAACAAAAUGAUCCUGAAGCUCAGGAAGAAGUUGUUGAAACAGUCCUGAAGUUGGUGUCCCAAGCUACAAACCCCAUUAUCUUGGUAGACGCUUGUGCCCUCAGACACAAUUGCAAAGAGGAAGUCAAACAAUUGGUUGAUGCCACUAAUUUUCAAGUCUUUACAACUCCAAUGGGUAAAUCUGGUAUCUCCGAAUCUCAUCCAAGAUUUGGCGGUGUCUAUGUCGGGACAAUGUCGAGUCCUCAAGUCAAAAAAGCCGUUGAAAAUGCCGAUCUUAUACUAUCUGUUGGUUCGUUGUUAUCGGACUUCAAUACAGGUUCAUUUUCAUACUCCUACAAGACGAAGAAUGUUGUUGAAUUCCACUCUGACUAUAUGAAAAUCAGACAGGCCACCUUCCCAGGAGUUCAAAUGAAAGAAGCCUUGCAACAGUUGAUAAAAAGGGUCUCUUCUUACAUCAAUCCAAGCUACAUUCCUACUCGAGUUCCUAAAAGGAAACAGCCAUUGAAAGCUCCAUCAGAAGCUCCUUUGACCCAAGAAUAUUUGUGGUCUAAAGUAUCCGGCUGGUUUAGAGAGGGUGAUAUUAUCGUAACCGAAACUGGUACAUCUGCUUUCGGAAUUAUUCAAUCCCAUUUUCCCAGCAACACUAUCGGUAUAUCCCAAGUCUUGUGGGGCUCAAUUGGUUUCACAGUAGGUGCAACAGUUGGUGCUGCCAUGGCAGCCCAGGAAAUCGACCCUAGCAGGAGAGUAAUUUUGUUCGUCGGUGAUGGUUCAUUGCAGUUGACGGUUCAGGAAAUCUCUACGUUGUGUAAAUGGGAUUGUAACAAUACUUAUCUUUACGUGUUGAACAAUGAUGGUUACACUAUAGAAAGGUUGAUCCACGGCAAAAGUGCCAGCUACAACGAUAUACAGCCUUGGAACCAUUUAUCCUUGCUUCGCUUAUUCAAUGCUAAGAAAUACCAAAAUGUCAGAGUAUCGACUGCUGGAGAAUUGGACUCUUUGUUCUCUGAUAAGAAAUUUGCUUCUCCAGAUAGGAUAAGAAUGAUUGAGGUGAUGUUAUCGAGAUUGGAUGCACCAGCAAAUCUUGUUGCUCAAGCAAAGUUGUCUGAACGGGUAAACCUUGAAAAUUGAAUUAAACAUACCAAUUCACCGCUAUUUAGUUAUUAUAUUCAUAGCAGCAGUUAUAGAAUUGGCUU